UGUAGUGCAAUCAGCGGGGACGGAAGUACUGUCGGUUUAGUUGCUAGCUACUCACCUAGCCUUAACAAUAGCUUGUGAAUGUUUUCCUACUGUGUCCAUAGUUUUCAUGUAGACUAGACUGUAUUAUUACAAUAAUUUAUUUUACAAAAUAGUUACGUGGCUGUUUGUGGCUCUAUGUAAAUUGAAUUUAGCUUAGAAAUGACACCUUUAGCGUUAGCCUUUAGCUAGGAGCGUAUUUGUCGGGCAGUACCGCUUAGCUGGGUUUACGCCAGUGAACGAAUAAACAGUAUUUACGUUUGACAGAUUGUGUGUUGCUUCACGACAUUUUAAGUCAUGGGUACUGGUGCCGAUGUCAGGGAUAUUCUGGAGUUGACUGGAGGAGAAAAUGAUGGCCCCAUCAGCAAGAAAGAUCUCAUCAACUCGGACAAGAAAAAAACCAAGAAGGCAACGGAAACGCUGACUUUCAAGAGACCUGAGGGAAUGCACCGAGAAGUCUACGCUCUGCUCUAUUCAGAUAAAAAAGAUGCACCCCCUUUGCUGCCGAGUGAUACUACUCAGGGCUACAGGACAGUGAAAGCCAAGCUGGGCUGUAAAAAGGUGCGUCCCUGGAAGUGGAUGUCCUUCACCAAUCCAGCUCGCAGGGAUGGGGCUAUUUUCCACCACUGGAGACGAGUGGCAGAGGAGGGCAAGGAUUACCCCUUUGCCCGCUUCAACAAGACAGUGCAGGUACCAGUGUACUCUGAGCAGGAAUACCAGAUGCAUCUCCAUGACGAUGGCUGGACUAAAGCAGAGACGGACCAUCUGUUUGACCUGUGCAAGCGCUUUGACCUGCGCUUCGUAGUUGUCCAUGACCGUUACGACCACCAGCAAUACAGAAAACGUUCUGUGGAGGACCUGAAAGAACGGUAUUAUUGUAUUUGUGGUAAACUCACAAAGGUCCGUGCGGCUUCAGGGACUGAGCCCAAGAUCUACAUCUUUGACGCCGGCCAUGAAAGGCGCCGUAAAGAGCAAUUGGACAAGCUCUUUAACCGCACACCUGAACAAGUGGCAGAAGAGGAGUAUCUUAUUCAGGAGCUAAGGAAGAUUGAGACUAGGAAGAAAGAACGGGAGAAGAAGGCCCAGGAUCUGCAGAAACUAAUUAAAGCAGCUGACACAACCACCGAGUUAAGGCGUGCAGAGAAGAGAGUUUCCAAGAAGAAGCUCCCACAAAAAAGAGAAAUGGAGAAACCGGCCGUUCCAGAAACAGCAGGUAUCAAGUUCCCAGACUUCAAGUCAGCGGGAGUCAACCUUCGCAGUCAGAGGAUGAAACUGCCAAGCUCGGUAGGCCAGAAGAAGAUCAAGGCCAUUGAGCAGAUUCUGCUGGAGCAAGGAGUGGAUCUCAACCCGAUGCCCACAGAGGAGAUCGUUCAGAUGUUCAAUGAGCUGCGCAGCGACCUGGUGCUGCUGUACGAGCUGAAGCAGGCGCACAGCAAUUGCGAGUACGAACAACAGAUGCUGCGUCAUCGCUAUGAGGCCCUUCUGAAGACCGGCACCGGCAGCAUGUUGGGUGGAACUUUAGGAGCCGGGCCUGCAGCUGUCGCUGCCGCUCAGAGUGCAGAACUCAAUGCCACGAACAGCACCGGGGCGUCCACCCCGGGGGGCGAAACUCCGUCCUGGCCCAGUGCCGAUGACAUCAAGGUGGAAGCCAAGGAGCAAAUCAUUGAUGUUGUAGGAGCACCACUCACCCCCAACUCGCGCAAGCGGAGAGAGUCGGCAUCCAGCUCGUCUUCAGUGAAAAAGGUGAAGAAGCCUUGACGAGGAAAAGAGCGCCCGCUCUUACGCGUGUGACCGUGUGAGUCACUGUGGUCGCAGGGAGGACACACGUUCCAUGGUCGGACAAGCAGCACACAGGGGAACGGAACAGCACAUUGCUGUUCAUUUACGUAGAAGCCCCACUGACUACACACACACAUACAUGCACAGACACACACAACUUUUCCCCUACCAGCGAGGCCUCUCCACCCCCCCCCCCCCCAUCGGGCCUGUCCAGCGUCUUUGUGACAAAGGCAACAACUGAGUGACAUUUCAUUCCAUUACUGCUCGUCCCCUUUCCUCCACCAUCGCUCAGCCUUAGAUGAGGCAAGAUCAACUGUAAAUUGCCAGGCUGAGCUAAUCGGGACCCGGGGAAGAAGGUGGGAAGGACCGGGUAAUUGAAAUGAAUUGGAAUGAAAGAAGGGACUUUGGGAGUGGGAGGACCUGCAGCUGCAGAGCUCAUUUGACCUGAUCUGAGGUGGGGUUUUUGUUGAUCAUGCCAUAGUGUUUACUGGAAAUGUGUUUUGGUGUUAGCCUUUAGUACCCGAUGUAGCCCCCCCCACCCCCGACCCAGUCUCGCUCUCCCCCUCCAUGAUAGACUGUGGUUCCAUCUGCUGGCCCGUCCUCCAUAUUGGGCAAGUGAGGCUGAUUUGUGUUUAUUUGUCCUCGGGUGACCUUGAAGAUGGUUUAGUCAAUGAUUCAAUAAACCUUCAUGUUUUUUUUUUUCUUCCUGCGUGUUAUACAUGUUUAUGCCACAGCGGCUUCCUUCACAGCUCAAGCUUCUGUUGCUCUUUCUUACACGAUAUGUUAACUUAGAGGUAAUCAGUGUUGAAUAAACAUUUGCCGGCGA